CUCAGACUGGUCCAGCGCUUUAUGUGCACGGUCCUUCAUCAUAACUACGUAGCAUCACAUUACAGCGCACUAAGUGGACGGGCAGCCCCAGCUUCAAGGACCUCCUAUGUGGCAUACUUGCGGUACUAACUGUCCCGGUUUUAUGAACGGCAAAUUAGCGUGCCGACGUGCGUCUUCCGUUCAGCGUUCUCGAUCCAAUCGUUGGGGACGUUUUCAACGUACUCUGGGAAUCGGAAAUGAUUAUAGAAACGGCCGUGCGAUUAAGAUUUUGACUACGGGAAUCUUGACCCAAAUCGGCCAGACGGUAUUACAGCAUACCGUGAUGACAGCACUGAUGGGUGCUCUCCAAUGGCCAAUCAUGUUAACCAAGUUGGGGCACUUGAUUGAUAGCCCGUGGAAUAAUGCCCUCGACCCUCCGAGCACUCUGCUGGCGCGCCUACUGAUUCAACGUCAUCUCUUCCGACCAAUCACGUUUAUUGGAUUCUCUCUUAGAGCUCGCGUUAUAUUCCACACGCUCCUGGAGCUUGCCAAAUCCAAAGCUUUUGGCAUCGUACAGGACGUUUUCCUCUGUUGAGAGCGUUGACGUGACAGAUAAGAUAUCGGGGCAU